GAUUAUGCUUUUUUUUUUUUUUUUUUUUUUUUUUUUUUUGCAAUGUGACAAUUCAAUAAAAGUUUCAACUGAACUACUUAUAUGAGUAAACCAGUCACUUACUCAAAAAAGACACUCACAGUUUGGCUGUAAAUCACCAGCACAUUUGUAAAUAAAUAAAUACUAUAAAUUACAUUGUAUAAUCUCACAAUAAAGUCAGCGAGUCCUGAAAUUAUUAGAGUGCUUGUGAUAAUAAUUUACCCAUUUCUUUUGUGUGACUAAAGUCAAUGGAAUGACCUGAAACAGUAAGAAUUAUACCUGGAAGACAGUAUUUUCUUUUUUGAUUUGUUAACAUUAAGACAAAGUAUAUUCACUGUAUCUUGUAUAACCCAUGAAACCCCAUAGUGGAAGUGGUUAAGCAAAACAGAAUAUUGUGUUGAAGGUGCAAGAAGCAGACCUUGGAAUAUCCUGCCAUAAAUUGUUAAGCCAUUGUGAGGCUUAAUUUUUUUUCUAAGUAGUCACCUAGUAAUAUGGCAUUUACUCAAGAGGCACUGCUGCAAUAUGUGUUAUUUCCAAAAAGUAACAAAAUUAAGGGAGUGUUACAGGUCAGAAAGAACAAGGAGCUGCUGAUAUGACCGCAUUCCUGACAGAAAUUUGCUUUACUUUGUCUCUACUAAAGGAAAAAGUAGAAGUCAUACCACUGCCCUAGUUUUGCAGUAAAACAAUGUUAUGGAAAUAGAUACAAUGCUUGCCAUCAACAGAACUUAGAGCAAAGGACAUAAAGACCUUUUACAAAGGACACAGCUACUCUCAGCUCACCUUACAAUCCUGAAUAUAGAAUAAAGCUUAAAGACUAGAGCAGAAACUGUAUUUUUUGAAUGUCUGCCCAAGGCAAUUUAGACUCUAUUCAUUACACAGGAUCUCAAUUUCUUCAAGCACUGAUGAUGUUUCUUUCUGAUGCAAUUGAUUCAGUGAUAAGUAAAGAUGAUUACAUAUUUCUUUGUUGUCUUUCUUCUGUUUGACAGGCAAUGAAAAUGAAAAGUAUUUAUUUUAUUGCUGGACUCCUUUUAAUGAUAGUCCAAGGCAGCUGGCAAAAUCCUCUUCAGGAUACAGAGGAGAAAUCAAGAUCAUUCAAAGCUUCCCAGUCUGAACCAUUAGAUGAAUCUAGGCAGCUGAAUGAAGUAAAGCGUCAUUCACAAGGCACAUUCACCAGUGACUACAGCAAAUACUUGGACAGCAGACGAGCUCAGGAUUUUGUGCAAUGGUUAAUGAGCACUAAAAGAAAUGGCCAACAAGGACAGGAGGACAAAGAGAAUGACAAAUUCCCGGACCAACUCUCAAGCAAUGCAAUUUCCAAGCGUCAUUCUGAAUUUGAGAGACAUGCUGAAGGUACCUACACCAGUGAUAUCACCUCUUAUUUGGAAGGUCAAGCUGCCAAAGAAUUCAUUGCUUGGUUAGUGAAUGGACGAGGAAGAAGAGAGUAA